AUUGAUGAUCCAUGCUUCUUAAACCUCCUAUGAUCAGCUUUUGGAUCUCAUCGUGAGCUUAAGGUCACUUUUUGGAGCAGACCCUAGUAUAAUGUCAAGAUCAAAGAAAAGGCCUUUAUUUGAUAUCCUCUGGAAAGCCUUUAUGAACUUUUUAGAGAAAGGUAAUUCGUUUGUCAUUAAAAACAGUGCACUGGAUUUGCUUGCCGUUUAUAUCUGCUUGGAUCAAGAACACACGACACAGAUCACGGCUAAAUUAAAUGAAUCGAUUAUACAAGACUUCCCCCCUGAGACGGAGAGUUUAAAAAAAGGAACUAGUUUAUACAAUGAAUAUAUUAGCUACUUAGACAAGCUUUUAGAAACAAUGGCAACAUUUAAAUGUAGUGAAAUUUUUAAUUUGUUGACUGGCGUAUUUGUACAAGAAGAGCAUCAUAUCCAUGAAGACGCCAUCAAAAAGUACUUAGAAUCUUUUACCGUCGGACUUGGCUUGAGGCAUUAUAUGCAAGUUGUUGAUUAUUGCUUCGGGGAAUUUAAAAACGAGCACAAUACUUUACUACAGCGACAUAACCUUGCAGAACUGAUCAUUUCAUUGUCUGUGGGCGUUAACGAUAGGGCCGUAAUAUCGUUUUAUGAAAAAAACAUAGAAGACAUCAUGUCGGUUGUUCAAAGAGAACUAACGAGCAAUCCAACUAAACAAGUUGAUGAUUGGAGCGAAAAAGCUGAUUGUUUCCGGUUGAUUCAAGCACUUUAUGAUAGACUACCCAAGAGUUAUAUGAGCGAUCAAUCAAAUAGUAUUUACGAUAAGUGGACAUCAUCAACAAAGAAUAAAGCACAAGGAAAAGCCCGAGCAAAAUUUACUUCGGCGAUUACUCAUGCAUUUGGGUCAUUAAGAAAAAUACCCAUUUUGCCUCCUGUUGUAGGUAAUGAUAACGGCCGCCGGAACGCACAAUUUUUGUACAAUCGAUCUGUGUACAACACCACUGCAUCUAUGGUAUUAUGCAUAGGUACAAACGCGAAUCAAGGAAAUUUGUUCUUCUUACAAGAUUCUGUCUAUAAUACCUACACUUGGGAAUUCGUAAUUAAUACUACCCAAGAGAUUCGUCUUGGAAUUCAGUUAGAAAAACCACUUGUGAAAUCAAGACUUGAUAAUUUAAGAUCUAUGUCAGGAUAUUCUUCUGAAAAUAACGAGCAAAAUAUUACGUAUAUGGCAUCUGCAGCAUUGAGUGGGAGCAGUUUCACACAAGCGUCGUUAUCAGAUAUACUUUUAGAAGAAAAGAAAAAUGAAGUUGACAAAGAUUCUGCGGGCGGUCCGGAAAAAAGAGCUGAUACUGAAAUGACAGAUGUCAAUGAUGAAAUCAAAGAUGAAGACCAAGCACUAAAUGAAUUCGAAAUUGACGUCCUGAAUAAAAACUCGAUUAUGAAGCCAUUAACCGAAGUCAUCAAAAAAAUCCACACGGAACUUUGUCCUCCUUCAGAAAAUCCUGUUGAUAUGCCAUCCUGGGUAAAAGAAAUGUUGAGGGCAUUUCAAAACACCGGUGAAAUUAAUAUCAAAUUACACAUCGCCAAACUGAUCAUAAAUUACCCAUUUGCUUUUGAGAAGUAUGCUUCUUUCUGGUUCCUACCAUUGAUUGAACUUGCAACAAAAGGAGAUAGAUAUGGUUGCCCCAUCAAUUAUUUUGUUCAAGAUUUAUGUAUCAUUCUUAUCAUUUGGGGAAAAAAUUCUGAAAUCCCUUCACCCAAAUCCCAUGAGACCAGACGCAUUUUAUUCGAAUUUACAGAUUUUUUGAUAAAAAAUGCCUACCAUGAUGAGCAGCGCAUCAUGAGAAGUAACAUUCAGAUUAUUAAGGGUGUCUUUGAAAAUUGGGGAAAUUACAUUCCUAUUCCUACACAUACAAUUUAUAAGCAAUUCAGUCACAAGGGAACGGCAUCGAUUGGAAACAUUAUUGGGUUACAAGUGCUUUCCAUUGUUUUUCUUAACGGUGGAAAUCCGUAUGACCUCAAUGAAUUUAUGGAUCUCCACGAUUUAUCCGAAUAUCAAUUUUAUGCAGAUAUGGCUGAUAACAUCCAUUACAAGGAGCGAAAGAAAAAUAUUAUUUCAGCUGAUGCCGCUGAGUUAAUGGGCAUGACACUUCAUUAUUUAAAGGAGCAUCGUAAACAAUGUUUGGAAGACAUUAAACGAACUUAUGAAAGCAAGAUCAGGGGACUCUUUGGUUCACAGCGUAGCAAUAUGCAUAUAUUAAAGUGUAUGAGCAGGUUAGCUCUUCGUGAUACUGAAUUAGCUAGCGAGUUUAUUACAGUUAUUGUACGAAACUUCCAUCAAUACGCAAACUCAGAAAAGCUACUCGCCAUGGCAUGCAUUAGUGCUUCCUGGAAAAAUGAUGAAAAAAUCUUUCGCAAACUAUACGAGUCAGGAUUGGAUAGAAUGAUAUCAAGCAGAGACGUAAAUAUGCAAGCAGCGACACUAACAGUAUUAAACAAAAUAUUUGGAAGUUUGGAAGAACAUGAAAUCAAAUGGGUUAUAAAAAGAAUUUCGGCGAUUUCUGUACAUGAUGAUGAACAAUGUCGAAAUUUGUAUUACUCUUUUUUGAAAAAAGCUUUCCAGGAUAGUAAUAUCAUAGAUGUUGAUUUCAAAAAUGAGAUCAAAGCCUUUUUAUUAAACGGAUUGGUUGAUAAAAGCCAGAGCAUAUCACAAGACAUGUAUAGCUAUAUAGAACAAGUGUUUAACGUAACAGACGAUAUCAACGUUACCUUAAAAAAAAUCACAAGCGAAAUGUAUAUGCCAGAGACCGAAGAUUCUUAUCUCCUUUAUUCCACACGUAUGAUACUCUUCAACACAAAAAAAAGUUACGAUUUUGAUCAGCCAAUAUUUGACAAACCUUUGCCCAACGCAAGAUUUGAUGCAGACUAUCAACAAAUCAAUACAUCCUGGCAAAACGCUUCCUCUAUGAUGCCAUUAUUCCGAGCCACACAGACACAAUCGCUAAAUGUAGAUGAUUUGGAACUUGAGCUGAGACGCACUCAAAGUCUACUUGAUUUUAGUAUGACUCAAGGUACCUCACGAUCAUUAAUUUCAACGUUUAAUCCAGAAGAGUUUUCACAAGAUCAAGAUUCAGGUUUGCUGGAUCAGGAAACCCCACCUAAACCAUCAUCUAAGAAUCCAAAGAAUCCUUAUUACAAAAAACGCUUCGUGAUAACACCCCCAGGUGCCAGUAAUAGAUUUCACUCUGAUCGUAACGAAAAACUGCAAAAGAGACUCCGAAGUCUAAAGAAUACGCAGAAAGAAGCGUCAGAAAAGAAAGUAUCUUUGACUCGUUCCUAUAGAGUUGGCGAACUUCCAGACGUACAAAUCCUGAUUAAAGACUUAAUACUUCCGUUGGAGGUUCUCGCUAGUGCCGAUUACAACAUUUCUCGUCUGCUUUAUAGCAGUUUAGUUGUAGGAAUUAUUAAAUCCAAUGACAAAGAUACAACUGGAUAUCAGACAAAUAUUGUGAACAAUAUUCAACGUAAUGUCAGCAGUAGUACAGCUUACUUUACACCAACAAUUGGCUCUUUUCUGCGUAUCUUUUUCGAGCUAAACGUAACUGAUCAACCGGAAAAUCUUAUUCGAAUUGCCAGUAUCAGAAGUUUCAAUCAUCACAUUGGUAUUGCUCUUCUUGAAAAGCAGCUUGAGAAUUUAGAUGGUGUUCUAACAGCCAAAAGAAAACUUGAUAGCGACCAUAUUGAAUCUACCACGAAUAUCAUCACCAGUGUCUCAAAUACAAACAAAAGCCGAUGGAUCGAUUUAGCGUUGUUAUACAAAGAAAUUGAUGAACCCGAGAUCUUUCAAAAUGUCUACUUGUCAAAUGUCGCUACCAAGGAGCUUCCAAAAGUGGCUAUUACUGCCGAAAUUGAUGGAGAUUAUGUAGAAGCAUAUAACGCUUUUGGAAGCGCUUUAGAACAAGACGAGGGUACAUCACAUGAACCUUCAUUGUGGAAGGAGCAGAUGCUCUGGUGCCAUACACAGCUUACUCAAUGGGAUGAGAUCGCUACGACAGUAGAUAGACGUAUACAAGGCAACCCAGAUAACAUUUGGAAAAUCGGGCAACAGGAUUCUUAUUUUGAUUAUUUUGUAAGAUCUCACACCAAAUUCUCUGUGAUGGAAAAGAUGGAUCCAAACCCAGUAGUUGAAUUCUUCCAAAAAGCUACUGAAAGUGAAACACAGAAAGAUUAUUUGCUUAAGCAUUAUGCCUGUGAUUGGAGUGUAGCUUGUAUCUUUCAAGGUCAAUAUGAUUUUGGGUUACAGCUUAUUAGGAGUUCAUAUGACUCUUUGCUUUCAGCCUGGACCACAUUACAUCCAUUAGCUCAAACCAGCCGCCUGACUAAGCUCAGCCAAUUGGAAAGAACUGUUGAAAUCGAAGACUAUUUGAAGCUUGUUAAAAAAGUUAAACAAAACGCAGCUACUUCUGAGCAAAUUGAAGACUUUUUCAAGGCUUUGACUAAAAGAUAUCCUGAUGAAAAAUCUGACAAUAUCGCGGUUUGGGAUGACGUUGUGGAUUCAAGAUUUGCUUUCAUACAUGAUAUAAAGCGUCAUAAUUCGAUGAGUGAGCAUAAUGAAAUAACUGGCCUUCAAUCAUCCGCGAUCAAAUUUGUAUUGUCUUUAGCUAAUGCAGCGGUUCAGCAAAAUAACUUGGGUGUGAUGUCGAGCAUUCGAUCCAGAUUCGAGGAGCUAGGAGCCACCCAGGAAUCAAAACUCAGUCUGCUUUCUGUAACUCAAAAACGCAGUAUAAAUUCAAACGAUCCUAACCAACAUAAAUUUCUCGUAUCGACCUUUGUAUCAGCAGUUAAUUAUCAAAUACCAACAAAUGCUACUACGGAAGAUGUUUUUAAGUCUUCCGUUCUUUUAGCCGAAUCAUUUAGUAUAAUUAAGCAGCAACUUGUUACUAAUCCAAACAUGUUUGAUGAAAUGAUGCAACUUCAUAAAAGUCUCAAAAAAACAAUUGCAAAAAUUCCUGGGGCCACAGAUACUGCAGAAGCAUUUGUCAAUUAUUUGGAAAAAAUAGGUUACGAUAAACUUGAGGAAGCUGGUAAAUCUGUAGACGUAAAUUCUUCGUAUUACAAAGAUUACGCUUGGAAAUUGGGAAGUUAUUGUGAUAAGUCACUUCGUUUACUACAAGAUUCAACUUCAACUCUAAGCCCUGAUAUUGAUCCAAUUGAGUACAGUAAAUUGGUCGUCAAGUUUUAUAUUCAGGCAAUUGACAAAGGCCAUAGUGAAGCUAUGGAAAACUUUCCUCGUCUGUUGGAGCUACUUGAGCUUUAUCCUGAAGUUGGUCCUACUUUUCAAACUCAUUCCCUUCAACUUGAGGAAUCAUGGAAAUUUAUACGUUGGAUACCUCAAUUAGUAUCUUAUAUUGAAACCCCAAUCGCUACAUAUAUCUUUCCUUCUCUUUUCAGGGUUGCCGAAGACUAUCCUAAAGCAUUAUACUACCCUUUCCGUAUGUCAUUUGAACAUUAUGAGUUAGAAAAACAUAAAUUACCCGAAGAAAACAGAAACGCUAUUGAAAAGAUUAACAGAAUGGUGCACUCACCAAUCAUGGAAGAGUUCUGUCUGGAGUUACAGCGUUUGACAGAUCCUGAUCACAUAAUGAAAGACUUUCUGGUUGCAGUAAAAACUAUACUUUUGGGAGACCAAAUGAAUAAGGAUGUUUUGACGUCUCUGUAUAAUCAGUUUAAAGAUCUUUUACUGGAAUCGUACAAUAGUAGAAUGGGUAAAAUUCCUAACAGCUUCAAUGCUAAAUAUAAGAAAGGACUAGAAAGUAUUUUGGGAAGAAAUGGAGUUCGACUUUUGGACAGAACACCUUUGGUUUAUGAAGAGCUGCUCGGAUAUUAUAAUUCUAACGUCAAGGACAGAUUUACAACAGCACAAAAACCAACUGAAGUAUUGAAAUCCUUUGCCCCAUGGUUGGCCUCUUUUAAAAGCGGUGACUUCGAUGAAGAAUUGGAAAUCCCCGGUCAAUACGAUGGAAUAAACAAACCGUAUCCUGAAUUACAUGCAAAAGUAGCUAGCUUUGGAAGUCAAGUCAUGGUUAUGUCUUCAAUUAGAAGACCUAAAAGACUAACUGUAAACGGUUCUGAUGAGAAGGAGUACCACUUUUUAGUGAAAGGCGGUGAAGACCUUAGAUUGGAUCAACGUAUUGAACAGCUAUUUGGUGUUAUGAAUAGCAUGAUUAAGAAGAAUGCAUUCUGCUCAAGACAAAACAUUCAAAUGGCGACAUACAAGGUUGUUCCGAUGUCGUUAAAUCUUGGUAUCAUUGAAUGGGUGGACCAUACAAGACCUCUUAGAAGCUGUAUUGAGAGUCAAAAUUCUCGUCCCACUUUUUGGAAAAAUAUCAAGAGAUCUUACCAAUCUUGGAUUGUCAAACACGCACCAAACAGUAGAAAUAUUGCAGUUCCACAUUAUGCAGCCUAUACUGAUUCACCAAAAAGAAUCGAAGACAACUAUACCUCUGUGUCCGGGAUGAUGCCUAGCACUUACCUUCGUGACUAUGUGAUUCAAUUAGCUUCUUCACCUGAGGCAUUCCUGUUUUUACGAAAAGAAUUUGCGCACAGUCUCGCAUGUAUAUCUAUAUUUGGCUAUAUUCUUGGUAUUGGAGAUAGGCAUUUGGAUAACUUCUUGCUAGAUAUGAAGAGUGGUCGUUUGAUAUCUAUUGAUUUCGGACAUGCUUUUGGUUCGGCCACGGAACAUUUAGCGAUUCCUGAAGUUGUUCCUUUUCGAUUGACACCUCAAUUAGUGGGAGUUUUAGAACCUAUUGGUGUUUCCGGUAUUCUUGAGAACGCAAUGACAAAUAUUUUACAAGCCAUCCAAGAUGAAAAGGCCUUGUUAUUGAAUAUAAUGAACGUGUUUGUGAAGGAUCCUCUUCUUGACUGGAAGAAACAGGCUAUGGUAGAAAGUAAAAGUCAAAAAUCUCAAGUUUCAGAAACUCCGAGUGAAACCGAGAUUGUGGAUAAUGGAGGAGAAAGCAAUUGGUAUCCUCAAAGAAAACUUGAUAUUGUAAAGAGGAAAUUAAAUGGUGAAAACCCUGCAUGCAUCGCAUCCACGGAGAUUGAAAACGGGCAUUCAGAUAAGCAUUACUGCAAAGACAUUGUGUCUCUUACCAAAGGUGACCCUGCACGUCAUAUCAGAGCAAGGGUAGGAAGACAAUGUAAGAACAGUAGAGAACAGGUUCAAUGUUUGAUUGAUCUUGCCUCUGACCCAAGUAUCUUGGGUGUCAUGUACAGUGGAUGGACAUCUUUUAUUUAAAAUAAAUACUCAUAACCUUUGCAUGUCAAAGAGAUGAAUUCAUUAAAUAAUGUGGCCAAUGUAAAUAAAAACAAAAGGGGGG